GAGGGUUUAGCUGAAGUGCACGUCUACCACUUUACGGUGUCUUGCACAGUCAGCAGUUCUUUCAAUAUAUAACACUGGUGCUCAGGGCAGCAGUCUCUUUUCGGCCACUGAGCACAGGCUCACCACAGCAGCUCCCCUUUCCCCAAGUCUAAUAUUAGCAUUAACGCAGCCAUGACCACCGAACAGCCCAUUUUCUCAAAAGGAGAGGACUGCAAGCCCGGCUGGCACAACGCGUCCGCCGACUACAAUGCAGCCGACACACACCUGGAGAUUUUGGGAAAGCCCGUUAUGGAGCGCUGGGAGACUCCAUACAUGCACUCUUUGGCCACUGUAGCCGCAUCGAAAGGUGGCCGGGUUCUUGAGAUUGGCUUUGGAAUGGCAAUCGCUGCCACUAAAGUUGAAUCCUUUCCCAUUGAGGAACACUGGAUUAUCGAGUGCAAUGAUGGUGUUUUUCAGAGGCUACAGGAAUGGGCCAAGAUUCAGCCACACAAAGUCGUUCCCCUCAAAGGUUUAUGGGAAGACGUCGUACCCACCCUGCCUGACAAUCAUUUUGAUGGAAUCCUUUACGACACAUAUCCACUGACAGAGGACACAUGGCACACUCAUCAGUUUAACUUUAUUAAGGGCCAUGCUAAGAGGCUGCUGAAAUCUGGUGGUGUCCUGACUUACUGCAACCUUACUUCCUGGGGUGAAUUCCUGAAGUCCAAAUAUGACAACAUCGACAAAAUGUUCCAGGAAACACAGGUGCCCCAGCUGCUGGAGGCCGGCUUCAAAAAGGAAAACAUGAGCACCACACUGAUGGACAUCAGUCCACCAAGUGAAUGCAAAUACUAUUCCUUCAACAAAAUGAUCACACCCACGAUCCUUAAAGAAUAAGCUACGAAACCAAGCUACCUUCCUCCUGAUGAUUCUGCUGUGCCUUUUAUGCCACCUCUGUCUUAUAACGGUUUAAAAUGUUCAUUUUCUGAUCUCUUUUAACAUAAAAUUGCAUUGGAUGAUCUGUUUUAUAGUUAAAAUUAACUAAUAUUUAUAAAUGUUUAUAUAAUAUUUUAAUGAAACUCAUGAAAUAAAAAUAUACAACACUGUGAAAUGUGAUGAAGCCAACUAUACUGAAGAAAUGUCACUCUAAUACCUCAGAUUUUUAAGAGAAACACUGCAAUAUUGUAAAGCAAAAAAUUAAAUUUCCUGAAACAUU